AUGCGCUCUUCAGCUUCUACUUCUUCACUUCUUGGCUAUUGUUUUGACCGUGCAUCCGCAGCCAGUGUCUUUGGCACCGGCACCUUCGUCUCGUCUGGACAACCCUUGGCUCCUGGUUGUCUUAUUCGUCCAAUAUUCACUCUAGGUCGUGGUCAGCAAGAUGCUUCCAAUGGUGGAUGCGGUGGUGACAGUUCUAGUACCAGCAAUGCCAGUCUUGGGAGUUUGGGUUCGAGCUCUAGUCCAGGAGAACGGCCUGCCAGCCCAUCUGAUUACAUGAAUUCUCCAAUCUCUUGUCCAGGUCAGCAGCAGAAGACGCCAUCCAAAUUCACAAUAAGUCUCAGCCCUUGUGAAGCUGGGAUCUGCCCUGUUGGUCCCUUAACUACUCUGUCCACUACAAAUAAUGGGCCUCCAGCCUCAAGUCUCAUGCUUUUAGUACCUCCGGAGGCCGCAGAGGAUCGUGGUUCGCGUUCUACUCUGCGUCCAGAAGAAACCUUGGCUGAAGAGGAUGUCUCAGCUGGAGACUUGGUGCAAGCUGAGACUGCUUCGUUGGCGUCUAACUUUGCUGCCUUUAGAUCUGAAACUGCAGCACCCACAACUUUCGCAUUGAGCCCUAACAUAGAGCCGAAUGAAAAAGAAUGUUUUAGGUAUAAGGAGGAUAAUCAAAUUCCCUUACUGCCUGGCCAGGCUUCUAGUGUGGACUUGGCCUCUCACCGAGCCUGGCAUAUUUAA